AUUAACUUUAGUUUAAUCCAACAUGAUCGAAAUCGUAGUCGUUACUUCAUUCAACUCCUCUUUUUUCCUACCGUCUUCUACAAAAACCCCCCACCGAUAGCCGUCGUCCCCUGCCUCUCUCCGCGAUGGCGUCAUCCACCCAAACUCCUUCACAGAGUGAUGCUACUGAUGAAGUUUUUCAGCUGAUCGAAGCUCAUCAGAAGAAGGCUACUAGACUCCCUCCCAUUGAGGAAGUCAGGACUAUCCUUCAUCAUAGCAUUCGUGGCAUACUUUUAACUUUCGAUCAGAAUUAUGAGGGUCAUCCUUCUGGAUCAACAGUUGAUUUUGCAUGUGACACCAACGGAUCUCCAAUAUUAGCACUCAGUAAUUUGGCAUCUCAUACAAAGGCACUUUUGGCUAAUCCUAAAUGCUCAUUGCGUGUAUCUAAAGAUCCGGAAGAUAUAACAGAUUUAAUCAUACACUUACAUGGUGUUGCUGUUUCUGUUCCUGAAACAGAAAAAGAAAGUAUUCGUACAUCAUAUUUCGCAAAACACCAAGAUGCAUUUUUGGUUGACUUUGUUGACUUCCAAUUUUUUCGCUUUGAACCUAACUCUGUAACCUUUGUUUCUGGCACUGCCACUCCUUUGUUGAGAUCAGGAGAGUUUACAAGCAAGGAUUUCAAAGAGGCAAAAGUGGAUCAAAUCUAUCAGUUUUCUAAGCCUAUAACGUCUCACAUGAAUAAAGACCAUUCAAAUGAUACAAAACUUAUAGUUCAACACUCGACAUCAAUUCCGGUGGAUUAUGCAAACAUGGUGGAUGUUGAUAGCCUCGGCUUCAAUGUAAAGGCUGGUUAUAAAAAUAGCAACUUUAAGCUUCGGAUUCCGUUCCCUAGACGUGCUGAAGAAAGAAAGGAUGUGAAGACGCUCAUAAUCGAAAUGCUUCAAGCUGCUAAGUCUCGAGUCAAUUGAUAAAAAAGACUUGGUGACAUAAAUGUUGUACUUUGUAACUUUUCUCUCCAAGCAAAUGCAAAUAAUUUGUUGUAAAUUUAUAAUUGGAUUAUACUUUUUAUGGGGUUUAAUAAAAUGUACUAUUUUUUUAACAA